AUGCUCGGCUUGAAAGACCAGUGCAUUCAUCCAACUUCCCAAAAGCCAUACAUCAAGUCCUUCUCAGGUGGCAAGAACAAUAGCCCUGAAGGACACAGCGGUAACUCAACUCAUGGUUUCGUAGUGGAGUUUGAGAACGAAGAGGACCGCGACUACUACGUAUACAAAGACCCUGCCCAUCAAGAUUUCGUAAAGUUUGCUGGAGAGGUAGCGAAUGGUGUCAAAGUCUUCGACUACGAGCCAGGGAAGAUGUAG